UUGCUUGAAAGAGCUUAUGUAAGAUAUGAUACAGCUGAAAUCGCUAUAAAUGGUUUUCGAAAAAGCCGUAUCGGACCAUUUAAUAAACACAUUUUUCGAGAACACGACUUUUCCAUUCAACAUCAGGCGGAUGGUGACCGAGUUGCAGUUCCAAAUCUACCAGAGGCUGAACAAGAAAACCAAGUAACUCCUGCGAAAUACGUAACUCCUCCAAGAAGUAUUGAUGUGACCAAAUUUGUGGAAAAUUUGUCUUGUAAGAACAUUUCUAAUAAUAAAGAUUCAACAGUGCGGCCACAAGAUAUUAGUCCUUUACCCACCACUUUAUUUUACAUGUCUAGUGUUAAAAAAAGAAAGUCCAAAAAAGGAUCUGCUGCCUUGAUUACGGGUACACCAUCCAAAGAUGCCUUAGAAAGUAGUUUGUCAGAACAGAAGAGAAAUAAAAAUGAUGAUUCUGACAUGGAGUGUGACAUUGGGGAAAAAGAAGCAGAAUGUAUGUUUUGUACUGGACUCUUCUCUAAAGAUACCUUGGUCGAACAAGUGCUCAAAUUUUACGCCUUUACGUCUUUACUGGAAAUGGACUGUAGCAAUGACGAGGAAAAAAACAACUUAUGUGGAACGCUUACACAAAUAUGGCUACCUAUUGGAAAGGUUUCAAGUUUAACAAUUAAAAUGAUCUUCUUUUUUCAAUUGCUGGUGUGUAUAUGGGCAUGUGUUGGAGCAGGAAAUAUGUUUUUUGUGUCGUUUGAAUCAAGUGAAUUUCUGGUUUGUCACAUUAAUUAUCUUGAAGGAAAAAUUAUGAAAAUAUUUGAAAGCGAUAGUGAAAACACGAGAAAGAAGGAAUUGGCGUUUUGUGUUAGAUAUCACAAUUGGAUUAUUGAGCUGGGAAAUGAUCUAAACUACUUAAUAAAAAUGACACUUGGACAUAUGUCGCUGACUGCAGCUGUUGUAAUGGGAAUGAUCGCCAAUCAAAUUGUUCAGAAGUAUAAACCAUUGGGCGCUGGAAUUUAUCUUGGAGGUUAUGUUAUAGCCAUAUUUUGGUUAUCUCAUGCUGGUCAAAGAGUCACUGAUGAGAGCUUAUCAAUAGCUGAUGCUGUUUUCGAGUCAGACUGGUAUAAAAGCAGCAAACAAAUGAGAAAAGAUCUGGCAUUUAUAAUUAAGAGAUCACACGAACCCCUAAGAAUAAACGCUUUACCUCUAGGUACAUUUAAUUAUGCCCUGUUUAUUACGAUUGCGAUGAAGAAACUCCACUGCCGCAGACCGAACAGUUUAUUGAGUCUGGUUUCAGAUCAAUCUAACAGUGCUUCUCCCAAGCCAUCUUGCUCCUUUGAAUUAUUACUACUGGAGAAAAUUCGAAGAACCCCAAACAUAACAGCAAGAAGAAGAAAGAUAGACUCUAUGGCAAAAGUCCUAACAACAGAAGAGUACUUAAAGGAAAUACAGGAGAAAGAACAAAAUAAGAAAAGUAAAGGUGAGAAAUCUACAAAAUCACGAAAGAAACAAAAGGCGAAUAAAACAGUAGUUGAAAGUGACAGUGAAAGCAGCAUUGACGAACAGCAAGUUUACCAAGAUGAAAGCGAUGUAGAGGAUUUGACUCUAGAAGAUAUUAUUGAAGAUGACUGUGAUGACGAGCCUUCAGAAAAUGGAGAAACAAACCUUGAAAUUACGGAAGCAUAUGAACUUAGGGAAAAUGAUUUUAUCCUAACUAAAUUUAAUACUAAGAAGACGCAAGUUUACUACGUGGCACAAAUUCUUAAAAUUUUUAAGAGCGAUGUAGAAGUAAAAUAUCUGAGGCGCAAAGGAUUUAAAUUUAUUUUUCCAGCCAUUGAGGAAAAGUACUUCAUCGACAAAAGUGACAUAGAAACGAAACUGCCCUGCCAGAAAUAG